CAAACACUACUUCCGCCGCACAAUGGCGGGUAUUGAAAAUUUUAGGCCACCUGACUUAAACAAUAUUCUGGAAGAACAUGAAUUGGAUCAGUUGUCUGGUGUUGUGAAGGAAAAAAUUCAGAGUGUUUUAAAGUCCAGAACGAUACAGUAUGAGGAUCUGAAAGUCAAACACGAACGUCUUUCUGUUACAUCAGAGCAAAGACAGUUAGAAGUGGAGAGUCAGUUGGGAGAUACUCGGAACAAAGUGGAGAGGCUUGUUGCAGAAAAUGCUCAGCUGAAGAAAGACUGGACAGAAACAGAUGAGAAAUUUAGAGCAGCAGCAGAAAAAUUAAAGUCAGUUCAAGACAUCGAAAACUCAUCACUCACUACACAGCUUUGUUUGACAAAAGCAAAUGAAACUUUGGAGUCAGAAAAAAGGGAUUUGACUGUUUUAUUGGAAAAAAGAAGCAGAGAAAUUGAGAGACUCAAUGAGGAAUGGAAUAGUUUGUCGGACAAAUUAUCCCAGGCUAACAGAGAAAAGUAUGAGGCCCAGGCUCAAGUCUCCGAUUUUCAGAGUCAAAUUGUCACAUCACAGUGUACACAGAAAAAAUUGACUGAGGAGAAAGAAGCUCUCCAGAGGCAGAUUGAUUUGUUGAACAAAGAUUUGUCCAACAAAUCUCAACAGCUUUUCAAUGUCAGAAAGGAACAGUCUGCCAGAAAUUUGGAUCUUCAAAGUCGUUUGGAGGAACAGUCAGAUGAAAACCAACACUUGCUAAACACUGUGGAGACUAUGAGGAACACUAAUGCAGAGCAAGUGAAGAAGAUUGAACAGUACAUGGAAAAACUCCAGGAUGCCCACAAUAACCAGGUGCAGGCAGAUGAACAAUUCAGACAGGAGCUGGAGGCCAACCAGAAACUUGCUGAUCUCUACAAGGGGCAGGCCACUGACCUUGAGGAGAAGUGCAAGGAGUUGAUGACGGCUGUGAAGGAGCUGAGGAUACUGCUGAAGGAUGCCUCUACUUCAUACACCGAGCUACAAAAUCAGCAUCAGACGGAUUUAGAACAACUCAAGGUGGAGGUGGCUGACAGAGAUAAUCAAAUUCAGAAUUUGAGUAAGGAGUUGGAGAAUGCCAAUGAACUCAUUGAUGAAAUCAAAAAGAAAGCUGCCACCAGUGAACAUGUAGAGACACUUUUCCCAAAUGCAGCAGCCACUAGUCGACUGGUAAAUUCCGGGAUGUCCCUUACUCAGAUUUACAACGAGUAUAUGCAGGCCUCAGAAAAUCUCUAUCUCGAAAAGGAGGAAACCAAAAGACUUAACACCUGCAUUGAUACCAUACUUCAGGAGAUAGAAGAAAAGGCCCCUCUGAUUCGUAAACAGCGAGAGGACUAUGAGCAGUCCCUGGAGACGAUCGAGCAGAUGAACAAACAGCUGGACGCUGCGCUCCUGGAGAGCCAGAGUACGAGGAUCGAGGCAGACCAAGCUAACAGGAACUAUAAUUACAUGAAGCGGGAAAAUCAGAAAUUACAACAGCAGACAGAGGACCUCUCAAAACAGGUGCAGUACCUGGUGAAGGAGAUAGAAGAGGUGAAGAGUGGGCGGAUCGUAAGAGAGGAGGACAUUUCCUAUGGGAACAUCUCCAGCACCACCUCCGCUGACGUCAUCUCGGGCCACCUGGUCACAUUCAGAGACAUUCAGGAUCUCCAGCAUCAGAACCAAAUGUUACUGCAGGUUGUCCGUGAUCUUAGUGAGAAGAAAGAGGAGGAGGAAAGCCUCGCAGCAGAAGAAAAAACUAAAGAUCUGAAGGACCAGUUGGAGAGAUCUCUCAGUGAGAUGCAGGAACUAAAGUCAGCCAGAGACAGACAAGCCACCAUGGUUGAGUCCAUUGUGCGACAACGAGACUACUACCGAAGUCUAUUACAACAAAAAGAAGAUGGAUAUGGUCAAGUGCUUGAGAUGACCACAUCAGCAAUAAAUACUCCAUUAAAGAGCCCCAUUGCUAAAAGCCCUCUUAAAAGUCCCGCCCCCGAUAGGGCGCUAGAGGAGGCCAAGGCUGCCUUCAAACUGUGUCAGGAGGAAUUUGAACGAUACAAAACAGAAAUGAGGGAGCAAGUCAAAAUGCUCAAUGAAGACGUGAGGGACAAAGAAUCCAAGAUUUCAGAACUACGAAGGCAAAACAUGAAGUUGUCCUCUCAACUGGAGAAUGGAGUAGAGAAGAGUAAGAUCCUAAUGGGGAAUGCUGAAGGUUACAAAAGAGAGUUGGCAUCUCUGAGGGAGAAGGAAAAGAAGCUAUUUUCAUCUGUAGCCAAACACGAGCAGACGAUAAACACAUUAAGACAGGACUUGCUGUCCACUCAGGAAAAGUUCUCCAGAGCUGAAGCUCAGUGCCAUCAUCUUAACACAGAGAAGGAACUUCUCAAAAGCUCGGAACAGAGGCUGUUACUGGACAUUGAUAAUAUACGAAGGGAAAAAACAUCUCAGAGCAUGCUAAUGGCAAAUCUACAGUCCAUACAGAACACUUUAGACCAUUCUGAGAAAGAAAUGAAAAGUAGGUACACAAACCAGAUAGAAAAGUUAGAGAUGGAACUGACUGCAGCCAGGAGGAAUCUAACAGCUACACGGGACGAACAUAAGGCUGUGGUUCAGCUGUGGGAGAAUCAAACGAAACAACUUCGCCAACAGCUGGAAGGCGAGAUGAAAUCUCAUGAGAAUACCAAAAAGAAUCACCAGAACACCUGCCACCUGCUGGAAGCCAUCAAGGAGCAGUUAAAAACUACAGAAGCAGAUCUAGCUGAGGCUCGGAGAAGGGCAGAGAGGUCAACCCUAAGAACAGAUGGCCUACAGACUGCGCCGGUUACUCCAUCUAGCAAUGCCCCACUGUCAAACACGGAGGAAGUAAAGACACUCAAAUAUCAAGUGACAGAGACCAAGAGAGAAAUACAAAACCUUAAAGAACAACUUGAGAGAAGUAAACAGCAUGUUACCGAGUAUAAGAGCAUGGCUGACAAUCUGCAGAAAGCUCUCACGGAACAGUCAGAGUGUACUAAACAGUUUGAGGAGCAGUUAAAGAGAGAAUGUAGAGAGAAGGAUUCUGUCCUGGAGAGACUGAAAUCGACAGAGGGAGAGUCUCAAAAGCAGAUGGAGGAUGUGAUGAAGGGGCUGGAUGAACAGCACAAACUGAAUGGAGAUUUGAGGAAGCAGCUAGCCACGUUACAGCAGGAACUGGAGGAUGCUGUGUUCACACGAGACUCGGCUCUUGCGCAGGAGGCGGCUAGCAGAGAGGAAUGUAGUCAGCAGGUCCAGAUGGCUAGUGAAGCUAAAGACAAGUACCAGCGAGAACUGAUGCUUCAUGCUGCUGACGUUGAGGCUCUGGGGGCAGUCAAGAAACAGGUAGAAGGAUUCAAUUCUAAAUUUGCAACAGAACAAGAAUUCAGACUUAAGGCAGAGAAAGAGCUAGAGGAGGGGAAGAACUCUUGGGCAGAACAGGAGAAGAUUCUGAAGGAGGAGUAUCAAAGAUUAGAGAAGCGAAACGAGGAACUGUCUUCCCAGAAUGCAAUUCUUCAUCAGCAAAUGGAAAAAAUGAGCAAUGAAGUAAUGUCCAUACAGCGGGCAGUAACUCGGUCAGGCUCACCACAGAAACAGGCCGACCUGUCGUUUGAUGAAGAGACUUCCAGAUCUACUGAGCAAUUGCAGGAAGUCAUCAGAUUUUUACGAAAAGAGAAGGAAAUUGCACAGUCCAAGUUAGAAAUAGUUCAGACGGAGUGUAACAAUGUCAAACAUCGAUACAAGAGACUACAGAAGGAGCUAGAGGAAGCAAGAAAGACAUUGACAGAGCAGCAGAUCGAGGCUCAGGCCAGUGUACAGACAGCCUCCCAGCAUGCUGACCUAAUGAGGAAGGUAGAGAACUUGAACAUUCUUACUGACAGCAACAAACUCCUGAGGGAGGAGAAGAAUCGACUUGAACAGCUGACUCAAGAGCUAGAAGCCAAGGUGUCCACACUAGAGGGCAGUAUUAAUCCGCUCCAAUCCUCCCAGCGAGAUCUGACAGCCGAGAAAGAAACCUUGAUCAUAGAGAGGGAUACCCUGAAGAAUGAAGUGGACCGUUGGAAGAGUAGGGCUAAUCGCCUGAUAGAACAGGCCAACAGGACAGAUCCUGAUGAACACAAGAAAAUUGUCCAGGAAAGAGAUGCUUUGAAACUGAGAGUGAAACAUUUGAUGGAUGAGUCAAUCAAAAAUAAUCAGGAAAAAGAGAAACUGACAAGGGAUGUUAAAACGGCCAAUGAUGAGCAGACACGAGUCAAGAAAUCACUACAGGAUGUGACGAAGACAAUGCAGGAGCUUACAAACAGAAACAGCAGUCUACAACAAGAACUAAAUCAGGCACGAAAUAAUGCGAGCUCGAAAGAGAAGGAAAUUUUCCAGUUAAAAAACACUUUAUCCGAAAAAGAAACUGAGUUGACACAAACGGUGAACAGAGUAUCUGAAAAAGAGAAUGAGAUCCAAGGGUUAAAAGAACAGGUAGAAGAGAAAGUUCGGGAUUCAGAUGAGAAGGCAAAGACAAUCAAUCAGCUUAGAAAAAUUGGGCGAAAAUACAAAGAUCAAGCAGAGGCAUUCAACAAACAGCUGGAAGAACUGAAAACAAAGACAGAGACAGAGCAGGCUACCCCACCAGUCCAGGAGGGAGUCACAGUGACUCAGGCGGAGGUCGACCAACAGGUGGGGGCCAUUAAGGAGCAGCUGACCCAGUUGGAGAAGGAAAGGGAUGACCUCAAGGUGAAGCUGGAGGCUCAGAGUGGGGAGUUUGGGGGAGCUAAGAUGCAGCUAUCACAGAUACAACAGGAGAAUACUCAAUUGAAAACAGAAAUUGAGCAAUUAAAAAACAAGAAUGUGGAAUAUGAACAGAAGCAGAACCAGUCCAAAAGUGUCCUGCAGGCUGUGAAGAAAAAGAUCAGCUCUCAGAAUGAAGAAAUCAACAAACUAACAGCCGAAAUCAAUGAUCUGAAACAGAAACUCAGCACUUCAGAACAACCCAGUGGUGCUACAGAGGAGGCCGAGUCAAGACUGACUGCCAUGAAAUCUACAUUCGAGAACAGAAUUAGUAACUUAACAAAAGAGGUUAGCGAUAAUAGCCAUCAGGUCAAGACGCUGACAGCAGAAGUAGCAGAGAAAACCAAACAGGUGGAACAACUAUCAACAGAGAGAGCAGAGCUGCAGGAGAAGAUAGCAGCCAUGCAGAAGCAGAUUGAUGCCCAACCUAAGCCCGUAGCCCCUCAGCCCCAGACGGCCCGAUCCCCAGCUACCGUCACUGUUGAGAGGGCUCGGCCUGUAGACCGGUCAAGUGCCCCAGUUGUAGAAUCUCCCAAAACAGCCAAUAUAAAACCAAUGUCAACAUCACCAGCUGCAGUGAGGCCCCAGGCCCCUCCCAUCCAAUCACAGAUGGCAGGGUCAAGGGUCAUUGCAAACAUCCGUCCAAUGGCCAUAGCCCCCACCAAUAUAUCUCCUCUAGCUGUCAGUGUGCCUACACCUACAGCAACCGUGAUGCCAACCACAGUAUCUCAACACGACACCACUGACAGCAAUGAGGUGACUCAAGCUCAGUUGUCUCCAGUGAUGACAUCUCGACCUACACAGCAGGUCCAGAGAGUCACCCCACAAGUAGAGGCUUCCUCAGAUGCCUCAACACCGGCAGGUGGAUUAAUUAUUCAAGAAGUUCCAAGUAUACAAGAACAAACAGUGACACAAUCAGAGCCCGAGGUUUCAGCUCCCAGUGACAAUUCAGAUAAUCAGUCAACAUCAGGUGCCACAGUGAGAGAAGUAACGCCAUCUACUUCUGCUUCCACGGUACCAAGGGAGGUAAUUCCUGUAACAAGUGUGGCCCCAGGAGCUAAGGAUACCACCAGUGUGCCCUCUGUUAGUAGAGAGGGACAGUCCCUUGGGAAGAGAAGUAGGGAAGAGGCGGAGGGUCAAAGUGAAGAAAUAGAACCAAAGCGAACCAAGGUUUCAACAGCACAGGGCUCCCCAAUUCCGGCCAUCACAGUGACAGAUGAGCAUGCCAAUACACUGACAGUAACAGAGGAACAGCCAGCUCAGGAGCCAGAGAAAGACAAUGCUGAGGUCCCACCACCACAGCUUACAGUCCAGGAGUCAGAGACUUCUCUUGGACAAAGUGAGUCCACAGAAUCGACCAACAUGAUGGAGGAUUUGUCUUCACAAGCGACACACUCGGACUCCCUGGCACAACAGAAUGUUGAGGAGAUUGAGGAGGAAGAAGAAGAGGAGGAAGAGGAGGAAAUAGAAGAAGAGGAAGGAGAACCAGCCAUCAUUAUUCUGAGUGAAGAUGAGGAAGAGGAAAAUGAAGAAGAUGAAGAGGUAGAUGAGGAAGAAGAGGAGGACAUCGGAGAGGAUGAGGAUUAUAAUGAAGAUGAUGAGAUGGAGGGAGAAUAUACCUCAUCUCAGCUAGAGGAAAUUCAGGCUGAAACUCAGCCAGAGGAUGAUGAUGUCAUCCAGUUGGAUGAUGACUCGAAUGACAGACAGAUGGAAGCACAGGAAGAGGAUGUUUCCCAGACAACACAGCCACCCUCCUCGGCCUCUUCUGCCUCCGUCCUGUUUGGUCAGAGAAUGCCAUUCAACAUUGAGAGGCAAACAUCCAUGAACAGACAGCUGGCACCUUUUAUCCUGGGGGGCCAGACUGGCACAUUUGAGGAGGGUGAGGAUGGAAUUGUUCCCAGUACCCCCACACUGUUCGUCCCCAACAGGGGAGAUGGGUAUGCAGAAGUGGUCAGUUCUCCAAGAAUUUCCAAUCAGCGAUUUACAUUCGCAGCUCUCAGCGAGUCGUCAUUAGCUCAACCAGAGCUUGGAGAAUUGGCUUCUCAAGGAGCCCUGGGAGGAAUGGAGAGCACCAGUAUGGACCUCUCUGAGCUAGACGAGGGGACAGGGCGCAGUGUACCCAGCACCCCCCUGAGAACGACUGCUCCAGUGACCAUGAUCAGUGAGGCAGCCAUAGCAUCAGCACUCACCCCCCUGGCCAACACAACCAGCUCAUCAGGGGAGACUAACCCAACCCAGCCAAGCACUGAGGGAACAGAGGGCCAAGUAGAAGUUAUAGUGGAGGACAGACAAGGGGAACAAGCAGAAACUGUGCCAACAUCAGAAUUAACGGAGGGCACAGAACCGAGGGCGUCGGUCUCUGCUGGUGAAACAACAGGGGACACAACUGAGCAAGAGAAAGAAAGUGAAAGUACACCAAAGGACGAGGAAGCCAACACUUCCCAGGAGAAGACUGAAACUACAGAAAAGCCUAAAAUUCAGCCCAUUGUGUGGGAGGGACCAUCUCCUACUACAAUCCAGCAGUCGAGAGGCCGCCCCAUCAACACUCGAGGAGCGCCACAAAGGGGCCAGCUUCAGAACCGGGGCAGUCGAGGAGGCAUGUUUCAGCGGGGCCGAGGUCUAAUUCAGAGGAGCAGGGGGCCUGGUAGGGGUAACCGAGGUGGCCCAUACAGAUCACCAAACAUGUACUGAUGAUCAGGGGGCUCCAGCUGGGAAAUAUUCCGUUUCCUAUAACUGUGCUUUGUGGAGGUGGAACAGGUGAUUGUUAGUUGUCAUGUGUGUGAUGUCACAUGUAGACGACUUGUCCGAUAUUGUGUUCCAGGAAAAUAAUGAAAGCAGUUUUCCAGCAAGAAAAUGUCUAAAAUAUCUGGAAGAGAUGUUUUGUGUGGAAUCAGGACUUCUAAAGACUGAUCAUGAUUCACAUUCAUUCAUACUGACUUCGUUAUGGAGUUUACAUGUCACUCCAGUUUGUGAUGUGAAUAAAGGAAUUGCAAAGUGAAGUAACAUCCCAUAACAAUGAUUAUUGACAGGUAUCAUCCUUAUGUUCAGUGUAAAUGAUUUUGAUCUGUGUAAUGUUGUGUAACAUGUUGAUGUACAUUUAUAUAAAGUACAAAUGCAGAUUA